AUGCUCUUCCAAUAUACACACCUCGCCCCAGCUACGAUCCGCCUCGCCAGCUUCACCCCUAGCGCCACAUCCACCUCCAUCUCCCUCCACCUCGAGCACCAACCCAACUACAGCUCCCCUACAUCAAGGUCCUACACCGUGCUUCUCACCCGUCCAGACCAAUCCAGCGCAGAGCGCAAAUCAAUUACCCUCCACGGCCGUACCCGCCUGGUCCCAAGCAACGUACACGAUGCCCUGAGCGUCAUUCUACGACAUCAUCGAGAAACGCUCGGGCAGGCAAGGCUGUACAUGGAGAGUAUCUGCGUGAAUGCUCGGGACGAAGCGGAGGUAGCCAGUCAGAAUGCACAGCGGGAGUUGAUCUGGAGGUGUGCGGAGGCAGUCAUAGUGUGGUCUGGGGAUGGCGAGGAUGGGUCUAGCAAUGGGCAUGGGCUGUUUCCGAGGCUGGCAAAGGCAAUGGAAACGAAGGGCGUGCAACCUGUGAGAGAUGCAAUUGAGAGAGGUGGCGGGACGGAAGACGAAGCAGGGAUGAGACAGUUGGCAGACGUCGUGAGAGCGGCCACGGCAGGGGCGACUUUAUCGAAAAUCCAGAAUCUGGAAGCGUUGCUUGGCGAGCACAGGAUUGCAAUCAAAGACUGCGAUGGCAGAAUGACCUCUGAGGAGCCAACGAUCACGGCACUGCAGUCAGACGAACAUGCAAACAAGAAGGCAACUCUGUAA